CUUCCGAGCUGUCACUGAUUCUAGGAGAGAAGAUGGCGGCGGCCGGUGAACCUAUACGGCUUGAGAGAGAUAUCAUAAGAGCCAUCGAGCUGCUGGAGAAGCUGCAGCGGAGCGGAGAAGUGCCCCCGCAUAAACUACACGCGCUGCAGAGAGUUCUUCAGAGCGAUUUCUGCAAUGCUGUGAGAGAGGUCUACGAACAUGUUUAUGAAACCGUUGAUAUCAACAACAGCCCUGAAGUUCGAGCUAAUGCUACCGCCAAGGCGACCGUGGCUGCAUUUGCUGCAAGCGAAGGACAUUCCCACCCCAGGGUCGUCGAACUUCCCAAAACAGAAGAGGGUCUCGGAUUCAACAUAAUGGGAGGAAAAGAACAAAACUCCCCCAUCUAUAUUUCUCGGAUCAUCCCAGGAGGAAUAGCGGAUCGACAUGGAGGACUCAAGCGGGGGGACCAGUUGCUUUCGGUCAAUGGCGUGAGCGUGGAGGGUGAACACCACGAGAAAGCCGUGGAACUUCUAAAGGCAGCGCAAGGAAAGGUGAAGCUGGUGGUCCGGUACACCCCGAGGGUCCUGGAAGAAAUGGAAUCCCGCUUUGAAAAAAUGAGAUCGGCCAAACGUAGGCAGCAAAACUAAGAGCAAAUGUUGUAUCCACGAGACACAGACUUUAUAUUCCUCUCUCCAAUAAAUUUGGGUUCCCCUGUGGACUACCAACGCUGCGCUCAUUCUAGAUCCCAGCUGGACAGUCUCGACACUCGCAGAAUGUAUGGACAUCAUCAGGAGAAUUUGCAGCCGAGAACAUUGCCUUUUGAUGUCUGAGCUUAAUGUAAAAAAAAAUGUUUACAGGGCAAUUUUUACACCCCCCAUUUUUUUAAAUCUUCAUAAAUUUUUCAUAUGAUAAAGAUAAUAUGCAUUUGUAAACUGUUUCCAAGCAACGGGUCCAUCGUCAGUCUGUGUCGCAGUGGAUAUUGUGGAUUGUAUAGUAGAGUUUGCUCCAGUUUUGAUAUCCCCAGUAUGUCUGUAAAAGUACGUAUUUUUUUCGUUAAAAUACUGAAAAUCUGUUAAAUCGCUGCGGAAUAGGGAAUUACCAUAUUUCUGGACCCACAUAUGAUUAGGAAGUCACCCUGAGUUUGCAAAAGUCCAGGCAAAGAACUGUUGCGACGGCUCUUUACACUGCCUGAUGGUAAUGUUUCACCAGUGUUAUUACUCCCAGUUUAGUAAAUCCACCCCUAUUUUUGUGUACUUGCUUAAACACGCAACAAUAUACAUAGGUGAAACUAUAUUCUAAAAUAAAAAUCUAGCUG